AGCUAUCAUUUUUCUAUAAAGAAUGGUCAAGCGAUCCUGGAAAUGCGGUUACGUACGUUUGCGUUCAGAAAAGGAAGCCAUGUUUUGUGACUGACUCCAAUGCCUGACAGUUAGUCUCAUCAUAUCGUCAUUAUAACAUUUAUAUUGUUUAUUGGUGGACAAAAAUUCUAACUGAGGCAAUUCAAAAAAUGUUAUUUUUUGUUUGUAGUAGUCUUGGCCAUAAUUUAUAAGGUCAAGUAUAUAUUUUUCGUAAGGCGAUCAAAAGAAAUUUUAACAGUCUUUGCUACCAAUGCGUCUUCCUUGGUUUCCCUAAUACUGAAUACAAUCCUAAAUGCACCGUUUGCCAAUCAUGGGGUAGGAAUUUUGCUGUAUAAAACUGUAGACUACCACACCACGUAUGCUGAUUUUUUGGUAGAAGAGUGGGUACUUCAGUUCUUAUGUAAUGUAAAUUACAAAUAGUCAGGAACUGCUAAUUUGUUCCCAAGAUAAAAAUCCAACAGGAGUUACAAGACUGGCCUAGUAUAACCUUACUCUCUCUCUAUGAAAAAGGAAAAACAGCAGUUUUUCAUCCCUCUAGUAGGGAGGGGUGGGUAGGACUUUAACUAGGCUACAAGUGGCUUUAAAAGAAAUGUUUUGAUUAAGAAUUCACUUACUAAAAUAUUUUUUCUUUAUUUCUAAAUUCAUUUUCCCCUUCAAUAACUGUGGUGUGACUUUGAAGGAUAAACAGCCAGGUAUUUGCUUAUUCAUAUAAUGAUUUAAAUUAGAAAGCAUAACAUCUAUGUUUUCACGGCUGAAAGAGUUGUUUUUUCAUUUUCAGCUGCAAAGUCCAUGGGUAUCAAAGCAUGGAGUCUCAUUAUCUUAACACUCCAGAAUGCAUCUCUUAUUCUAACAAUGCGAUACACACGGACACUUCCUGGGGAUAUGUAUUUUGCCAGCACUGCAGUAAUGAUUACAGAAAUUGUCAAAGCCAUUUCAUCAGUGACAGUUCUCUUUGUGGAAAAACGAAGUGCAACUGAUUUGUUGAAGUUGUUAUACUCUAUCACUAUUGGUCAUCCUAUUGAUAUGGCCAAGAUGUUGGUUCCCGCAUGCAUUUACACAGUUCAGAACAAUCUUCUUUAUGUGGCUGUUUCUAAUCUGGAUGCAGCAACCUAUCAGGUAAUGAAUUUUGUUAAGUAAAACAUGAUUGUACAUGUACUGGUAACCUUUUUUUGUUUUCAGAAAGUAUUUUAGGGCUAGGUCCAGUCAUAAAGCAUAACAUAAAAAGAAGAUCGACAAGCUGGGAACCUCUGUCUUAACAGCUAAUUGUGUGAGAGACUAUUUACUAAGUGAUCAGCUGGAACAGGUGUUAGUGGUGAUAGCCUUUGUCCCAUUUUCUACUUCUAUUGCAGGGUUGUCACUAAGAUUUUAAGUUGCCAGGUAAAUGCCCAGCAACAAGUAGGGUGGGAAUCAAAUGGCUAGGGGUUUCUUUUGGUUCUAUUUUUCUUCUAUUUUCCUUCGAAAGUAGCAAGGGGCCAUUUUCAUGGUAGCCGGGUGAAAUCCUGGCCCCCACCUAUUAAUGAUAGCCCUGUCUAUUGAAUCCAAAUGCUUCCUUUAAUUUACUUAACCCAUUUGCUCCUAGAAAUUUUGCUGAAAAACCUCUUUUGAAACUAGACAAGGCAUUUUCUUGUCAUAUUUUGAACCUUAAAUUUAAGAAUUAAAAUAGGUACAGCUUUUACAUGAACUUUUUCUAUAAUUAAUUUGCUUUUCUUCAUUUAACAGGUGUCAUACCAGCUGAAAAUUUUAACAACGGCUAUGUUCUCGGUUGCUAUGUUAAAAAAGUCAAUCAGCAAAAUUCAGUGGCUGGCCCUGUUCAUGCUGUUUCUUGGUGUAUCUGUGGUUCAGUUGCAGCCUGUUGAUGGUCCUGUGGCACAGAGUCCUGAGGAGUCCAUUCCUACAAUUAGUCCCUUGUCACAGACCCAGAAUCCUUUGUUGGGUCUUGCUGCUGUUGUAGCAUCAAGUUUAUGCUCUGGAUUUGCUGGUAAGUUGGUGGAAAACGUUUAUGUUUUAUUGGCAGUAUAGCCAUAAAUCAACAGACACUCAAAAUACAGUGUAGAAAAAAAUACAGUAUGAAACAAAGUUUAUAGUAUGAAGUAUGUAAAUUAUCAGCUAGAUUGCUAUCUUCAAGAUCUCUUAUUAAAUAAUAUACCUUAAAAUUCCGAAAAUAAACCCCUCCAUGUAUAAGCCCCUCCAAAUAUAAGCUCCCCAAACCGGUAACGCAAAAAACCCUCCGUUAAACCGCCCCUCCAAAUAUAAGCCCCCCUUAGAUAAAACAAAGCAAAAACGGUAAAUUUACCUCCAACUGUAAGGCUAGCCCAAUCGAUUUUGAAACACAAAUUUCCCUCGGUAGAUAAGCCCCUCCAAAUAUAAGCCCCUCCAAAAAUAAGCCCCUUAAAAAGGGCCUUUGAAAAAUAUAAGCCCCGGGAAUUAUUUUCGGAAUUUUACGGUAUUAAAGAUAAUAGACACUAUUCUAAAAUAAAUUAUUUUACAAAUGUUCAAAGUGGUAAUGACAGGUAAGCCCAUAUAGAAGCCAGGGGCUUACAUGUUUAUGUUGUAGUUAAUUUUUUAUCUUAGGUAAUUUUUGUUUAUAAUUUAUUUUUGGGUAUGGUAAUGUAUGCUAAUGAAGUUAAAACAAUAGGAAAAUAAACAUUAUCUGCGAUAAAAAAUUAACUACAACAUAUACACUACAGGCUUGCUGGCACUAUAGGAUACACCAUGUGAGUUAAGGGUACUGAAUGAACAUCUUGUAUCACCACUCCAGCGUGCAAAGAAAGUCGUGUCCGAUACCCCGGGGCUAGUGGAUUUUGCUUUCGGCCAAGUGAGUUUUUUUGGGAAAUUCAAAUUACAGAAGGAUGGUAAUCAAUCCUGCAAAUCAAAAAGGGUUUUGGGGUUAGCUGAAAUGACUUGUGGGCUAGUACAUGCUCCAGCUUGCCCGAAUGACAGACUGUAAAACUGACUUUCUUUGCACCCUGCCACUCAUUUAGAUCUAAAUAAAAUGACCCUUUUUUGUGCUUAAUGCGUGCCAAAUCAGUGAUAAGUGGCAUCUAUUUUUCCUUAACUUCAUGAUGCUGAAUCAGUUAUUUUUUCUCACUAUUUCUUUCUCAGUUUUGCACUUACACGCUCAGCCUUUUCUAUUUUUAUCCUAUUUAAUGAUCAUUUUCUAUGUUCCAAACAAAUUGUGCGUACCUAGAGUUAAAUUGCCGAUGUCAGUAUUGUAAUUAUUAAUUAGAUAACAUUAUUUUAAAAGGUGGUCCUAUACACAAGCCUUAUUGGCUUCCUUGGGCUCCCUUGCCUCAUCUUUUUUUAAAUUUUAUAUGUAUAUUUUGUGUGUAUGGCAAAAUGAUAAUAAAACAAUAAAACAAUUCCCUGCUUCAUUUUUCAAUCAGGUGUUUACUUUGAAAAGACUCUGAAAGGUACUCAGACCUCACUUUGGGCCAGAAACUUCCAGCUUGCCAUUUUUGGCAUCAUCAUUGGCAGCAUAGGUGUAUAUGUCAACAAUGGAGAUCAAAUCAAGGAAAAAGGCCUUCUUUUUGGAUACCAUAAGCUUGUGUGGCUUAUUAUUGCAAUGCAAGCAUUUGGGGGCCUUUUAGUAGGGGUUGUGGUGAAGUAUGCUGACAACAUUCUCAAAGGAUUUUCCGCAGCAGUUUCAAUAGUAGUAUCCUGUAUUGCUUCUGUUUAUUUCUUCGAGUUUAGAGUUAGUUUACCAUUUGUAUUUGGAGCUGGUUUAGUCAUGAUUGCUACGUAUGUGUAUGGGGUAGGACAAAAACAGGUUUCUAAGGAAACUGUUGUAAAUGGAACUAAAGAACACGAUAAGGUAGACUGA